AUCGUGACCCCACCCCUUCACAACAACACUUCUGGAGUCAGGAAAAGCUUCUUCAUCAACAAGCCCGGAGUCACCAGGAGCACCAGGAGCACCAGGAGCAAUCCGAGGUCGGAGAACAUCCCUCCGGACAUGGCCCAGGCGAACAUCUCGGUGACGGAGAGCCAGUUCAGGUGUCCCGUCUGCCUGGACAUCCUGAAGGAGCCGGUGUCCACCCCCUGCGGACACACCUACUGCAUGUCCUGCAUCAACAACUACUGGGACCAGGCGGAAUCGGGCCAGUUCAGCUGCCCCCAGUGCCGGGAGACGUUCAGUCCUCGGCCGGUGCUGCGGAGGAACACGGUGCUCGCCGAGGUCGUCGACAAACUCAAGCUGAGCGAGAUGGUCACGGCGCCGGAGCUUUACCUGGGGGGAGUCGGGGAAGUGUCGUGCGACUUCUGCCCGGUGGAGAGCACGCUGAGGGCGGUCAAGUCGUGCCUGGUGUGCCUGGCGUCCUUCUGCGAGCUGCACGGCCUGCCGCACCAGGAGGUCAGCACGCUGCGGCGGCACAAGCUGGUGGCCGCGGUGGAGUGUCUGGCGGAGCGGCUGUGCGCGCAGCACCGCCUGGGUCUGCAGCCCGUGGGGAGCGGCUCCGGCGGGGAGGCCGCGGUGGAGUGGAGCGGGGACUGCCUGCUGUGCGAGGCAGACCAGGAGGAAGUGCACAACGUGGAAGCCCAGAGAGCCAGGAAGCAGCUUCUGCUCCAGGAGUCUCAGAGGAUGGUUCAGGGGAGGACACGGACUGGAGAGAGAGAGUUAGAGGAGUUUCAACAAAGCCUGGAUUCCCUCAAGGUGUCGGCGGCGGCUGUUGUGGAGGAAAGUGAAGCGCUGUUUGCAGACAUGUCUCUCCGCCUGGAGAAGACCAAAGCAGAGGUUCGAGCGAGGCUGGAGGCGAAGGAGCGAGCGGUGGUGGGGAGGGCAGAGCGAGACAUGGAGGUGAUGGAGAAAGACCUGGAGGAGCUGAGGAGGAGAGACGAGGAGAUCAGUCAGCUUCUGCAGACGGAGGACAACGCCCAUUUCUUACAGGCCGCUCCUCUGCUACGCGUCCCUCUCGCCGCCGGUCGGCACUCUCGAGCCCUCGGCCUGCCCACAGAGGGAUUCAGCUGCGCCAGAAGAGCGCUGAGCCACCUCCGCAGCCGCAUGGAGGAGGUCUGCGGAGAGGAGGUGGACAAGAUCAGCCGCGCAGUUAAUGAGAACUACGUGUCCGGUGGAGAGUGUGUAAGAGCAGUGCCGGUGUCGUUCCCUCUGUCCUCUUUGUCUCUGCAGCCGGCUGAUCAGAGGAUGAGGGCAGCUUUCCUCCGGUUUUCAUGCCGUCUGUCCUUGGACCCUGAUACAGCCCACCCUACCCUGGUUCUCUUGGAGGGGCCCCAGGGUGCCCACUGUGGCGAGGAGCCCCAAUCCUACGCCCCUCACCAGCAGCGCUUUGAUUCAGUGGCUCAGGUCUUGUGCAGGGAGGGCCAGUUUGGGGGAGCCAGCUACUGGGAGAUGGAGUGGAGGGGCGGGGGGUGGGUCGACAUCGGCGUCACCUACCGAGGUAUCGGACGCAAAGGUGGUGGAAAACCCUGCCUGCUGGGACGCAACGAGAACUCUUGGCGGCUGAGGUGUACACACGCUGGAUACGCCGCCUGGCAUGACAACCGUAAGACCACGGUGGCUGCACCGCCAUGCCCCCGAAUCGCCGUGUUCCUGGAGCGCCAGAAAGGAGCGCUGUCCUUCUACAGCGUGUCGGACACGGUGGUGCUCCUGCACACCUUUCGUUGCCCUUUCUCUCAGCCGCUGUACCCAGCCUUCCGGCUGGACCUGGACUCCACCCUAAUCAUCUGCUCCCAUGAGGGAGGCAAUGGAAACCCAACCCAACCCUGCCCGCGUUCCUCAUCCAGGACCCUUCAUUGAACUACUAGAACAGAGCAGUUCACUCCAAACACUAACACAUAUCUGAAGAGGUUGCUGGUGAAGACGCAGCAUCAGGAGGAACAUCAGGCAUCAAACACUCGUCCUUUUCACUAAAUGUCUUGACAAAUGCAGAUUUUUCUAAAAUGUUCCUUUUUAAUUGUAGAAUUCUCUUUUUGGAUCGCUGUGUAGUGCACACAGUAGUUACAUGUUUCCCAAUAUGCAUUUUUCAAGCGCACAUCAGGACUUGUCAUAGUAGGAGAAGCGCAGAAGUUACGAACAUUAGCAACGUGACGGGGAGCCAAAGUGUCUCUCAUGAAGAAGGUCUACUCAACACAGAUGAGCAAAGACGUGUGACAUUAAAGAACAGCUGCCUUUUUUAUGGUUUGAAAUCUUUCAUAUUUGCCAAUCAUCAAGAAAGGUUUGUGUGGGACAAUAAUUAUUCUCUAUGAAUCAACGAUACAAAGAUACUAAGCAAGUAUUCACCCGUUUGUGUUUAUUAAUGUUUUCUUUGUACUAAAAAUGUUGUAAAUAUGUUUAUUUAUGGGAAUUCUUUUGGAUACAGGAUGAAUAUUUAGUACCGGCGACUACUUGAAUGCAGCGGCAGAUUAAUUUUCUAUAUUAACCUCCAAAGUGACCUCAGCUCCAGAUUUAGACAAAUUAACGACCAAAUUGUAGCCGAUGUUUUUCUUCGUGUCACGACUGUUUUCUUUUACGUUGGUCGGUUUUAGUGUGCAGGUCUUUGAAGAUGUUUGGGUAUAUGCUCAGCUGCUGUCUUGACCAGAGUUGGAUCAGAUUGAAGCGACAGUGUCCGGUUGGUUGUCCGUGUUUCCGUCUUACAGCUUUAACAGUCAGUUUUCACUUCAUGCAAGUUAAUUGUAAAAUGUUUUCUUUUGGGUAAACCGAGCUCCACCCACUCUCUGAUGGCGACGGACAAAAAGCCAAACUCAAGGCUUAAAAGCGGUAGUCCACAAACCGAUGUGUGAUGUCAUGGUGACGACGUCCACUUCCACUUAUAUGCAGUCUAUGCUUUGGACAAAGCCAGGCUAGCUGUUUCCCACUGUUCCCAGUGUCUGUGCUAAGCUAAGCUAACCAGCUGCUGAGCGUCACAUGUACAAACUUCUCAUCCAACUCUUAGCAAGAAAGCGUAAUUCCUAAAACUAUUCCUUCAACGCUCCACGUUUGGUUUCCUUUUUCUGUGUGCGUUUAUAAUUCAUUUUCUGUAGCAAUUUCUGAUUUUAUAUUUUAAAGUGACGUUUGAAUAAUGUGCCCACCGCUCUGCUCUGUUCUCACACUCGGCCUCUACAGCCUGGCUGUCAUCUGGUGAUCUAAUGCUGAAGGAUUUCAAAUGUUCUUCCUGUCACUGCGACACAAGUUAAUGAUGUUGUGAGUGCAGAAUGAUUAGGCUUGCUCUUUGCAUGCUUCCAAAUCCAGUCCUGCUUUCAUCUUAUUACCUCAGUCAAGGUUACAUUUAAAACUUUAAACAGCUCAAAUGGAUGAGAGAACCUUAAAUAAUUUGAUCGUAGCAUGACGGGACAAGGAUCUAUCUGCGGCGCUAAUUGUAACACGAUUUCAAAGUGCCUACCAUCUGAUUGGAUGUCAUUCUGUAGCCGCAGUUUUUCUGGCGUUAUGGGAUUGAUUGUAUUUGCCUGAUUGAAGUUUUGUUUUUGAAGCGUCCUGUUCCAGAGGACUGGGAUCACUCGACCGAGCACUGUGUGAGGCCUUUAAACCAAGGACCUUUUUAACGAUCCACGUAACUCCAACGACGCGACACAGCUACAUGCGGUCUAAUGAAUAACUGUGUUUGUGAAGCAACACAUGUUCAAACAUUAAGAUGAAACUCCAAGAAAAACAAAGCGUGUAUCCCGUCCCGGCUUCUUCCUCGUCCCAUGAUCCACGCUUCCACCAAUCGGGCGAGCAGUUUUUCCAUAAUCCUGAUAAACAGACAAACCAAACUGCACCAAAAACAUAACCUUCUUAGCGGAAGGUAAUAAGAAUAAAAGCUUCAUCUUCAACACAUCUGUUCACUCGCUGUGCUUCAGUUCUUUAGUGUUAAAUAUGUUGUUGUCUGGAGUGUUGCUUUUUCCAAGAUGAGUUUA